AUGGUUUGGUGCCUCAGUCUGGCCAUCCUCAGCCUGAUCAUCAGCCAGGGGGCUGACGGUCGAGGGAAGUCUGAGGUGGUACCGGUGGUGGGCAGGGCUGGGGAGAGUGCUGUGCUGGGCUGUGACCUGCUGCCCCCUGCUGGCCGGCCCCCCCUGCACGUCAUUGAGUGGCUGCGCUUUGGGUUCCUGCUGCCCAUCUUCAUCCAGUUCGGCCUCUACUCUCCCCGAGUGGAUCCUGAUUACGUGGGGAGAGUCCGGCUGCAGAAGGGGGCAUCUCUGCAGAUUGAGGGGCUCCGGGUGGAAGACCAGGGCUGGUACGAGUGCCGCGUGCUCUUCCUGGACCAGCACAGCCCCGAAGAUGAUUCUGCUAAUGGCUCCUGGGUGUUCCUCACAGUCAAUUCGCCCCCUCAGUUCCUGGAGACGCCUCCCCAGGUGCUGGAAGUUCAGGAACUGGAGCCCCUGACCUUGCGUUGUGUGGCCCGUGGCAGCCCCCAGCCUCAUGUGACUUGGAAGCUCCGAGGACAGGACCUCAGCCAGGGCCAUGGCCAGAUGCAGGUGCAGAACGGGACGCUGUGGAUUCCACGGGUAGAGAGAGGCAGCUCUGGGAUCUACACCUGCCAAGCCUCCAGUACUGAGGGCAGCACCACCCACACCACCCAGCUGCUUGUGCUAGGACCCCCAGUCAUCAUUGUGCCCCCCAACAACAGCACGGUCAACACCUCCCAGGAUAUUUCAUUGGCCUGCCGGGCUGAGGCGUACCCUGCUAACCUUACCUAUAGCUGGUUCCAGGAUGGCGUCAAUGUCUUCCACAUUAGCCGCCUGCAGUCACGAGUGCGGAUCCUGGUGGAUGGGAGCCUGUGGCUAGAGGCUGUCCAGCCUGAUGAUGCUGGUCUCUACACCUGUGUGCCCAGCAAUGGCCUCCUACACCCACCCUCAGCCUCUGCCUACCUCACUGUGCUCUACCCAGCUCAGGUGACAACGAUGCCUCCUGAGACACCCCUUCCCAUAGGCAUGCGCGGGGUGAUCCGCUGCCCAGUUCGUGCCAACCCCCCACUGCUCUUUGUCAGCUGGACCAAGGAUGGGCAAGCCCUUCAGCUAAAUAAGUUCCCUGGCUGGUCCCAGGGCCCAGAAGGCUCACUGGUCAUUGCCCUGGGGAAUGAGGACGUUCUGGGAGAAUACUCCUGCACCCCCUACAACAGUCUUGGCACUGCAGGGCCCUCCCCAGUGACCCGUGUGCUGCUCAAGGCCCCCCCAGCUUUUCUAGAACGACCCAAAGAAGAAUAUUUCCAAGAAGUUGGGCGGGAGCUACUCAUCCCCUGCUCUGCCCAAGGAGACCCUCCUCCUACUGUCUCUUGGGCCAAGGUGGGCCGGGGGCUGCAGGGCCAGGCCCAGGUGGACAGCAACAGUAGCCUCAUCCUGCGACCAUUGACCAAGGAGGCCCAUGGGCACUGGGAGUGCAUCGCCAGCAAUGCUGUAGCCCAAGUGGCCACCUCCACGAAUGUCUACGUGCUGGGCACCAGCCCCCAUGUUGUCACCAAUGUGUCUGUGGUGCCUUUGCCCAAGGGCGCCAAUGUUUCCUGGGAGCCUGGCUUUGAUGGUGGCUAUCUGCAGAGAUUCAGCGUCUGGUAUACCCCGUUGGCCAAGCGUCCUGACCGAGCCCACCAUGAUUGGGUGUCCCUGGCAGUGCCUGUGGGGGCUGCUCACCUCCUUGUGCCAGGGCUGCAGCCCCACACCCAGUACCAGUUCAGUGUCCUAGCUCAGAACAAGCUGGGAAGUGGGCCCUUCAGCGAGAUCGUCCUGUCUGCCCCUGAAGGACUUCCUACCACACCAGCUGCCCCCAGGCUUCCUGUGACAGAGAUGGCACCUCACCUGUCCCCUCCCAGAGGUCUGGUGGCAGUGAGGACACCCCGGGGGGUACUACUGCAUUGGGAUCCCCCAGAACUGGUCCCUCAGAGACUGGAUGGCUACAUCCUAGAGGGCCGACAAGGCUCCCAGGGCUGGGAGGUGCUGGACCGGGCCGUGGCAGGCACAGAAAUGCAGUUGCUGGUGCCUGGCCUUAUUAAGGAUGUUCUCUACGAGUUUCGCCUUGUGGCCUUGGCUGGUGGCUAUGUCAGCAAUCCUAGCAACUUGGCCAAUGUCUCCACUUCUGGUCUAGAGGUCUACCCAUCACGCACCCAGCUGCCAGGCUUCCUGCCACAGCCUGUACUGGCCGGCGUUCUCGGUGGGCUCUGCUUCCUAGGGGUGGCUGUCCUUGUGAGCAUCCUAGCUGCUUGCCUAACUAGCCGGCACAGGGCUGCUCGUCAUCGCCACCGCAAGCACUUCCACCAAGAUCCACCUCUUAUCUUCUCUCCACCCCGGCUGUCAGCUCCACUGUCUGCUCCAGGCUCAGGCAGUCCUGACAGCAUGGCCAAGCUGAAGCUCCAGGCUUCCCCAGUCCCAAGCAUGUGCCAGAGUCUGCUCUGUGGGGAACCUACUAGACCCCCCAGCUCCCCUCCAGAUCCUUCACCUAGCUGGGGGCCCUUGCCCCUGGAGCCCAUUUGCCGGGGGCCAGAUGGGCGCUUUGUGAUGGGACCCAGUGUGGAGAUCCCCCAAGAAAGGUCAGGCCCUGAGCAGGUCGAACCUCGGACCCCGGCCCACUGUCAAACCAAGUCCUAUGACUGCAGCAGCAGCCCCAGUGGGCUGCCCCAUCCCCUCUGCAUUGCAGACAUCAGCCCUGUGGGGCCCUCUCCGGCAUCCUCACCCAGUCCCCUGCCAGGUACAGGACCCCUGCUCCAGUACCUGAGCCUGCCCUUCUUCAGGGAGAUGAAUGUGGAUGGGGACUGGCCCCCUUUUGAGGAUCCUGGUUCUGCUGUACCCCCAGAUUACACAGACAUUCAACCCUGCCAGACCUCACCUCUCCUUCAAUCCCUGGACUCCCCCCCGGGGUCCCCCAGAGCAGUACUUCCUGGAGCUGUAGUUCGGACUGGGGCUGCCGCAGAGCCUGCCUACACAGCGCUGGCUGACUGGACACUGAGGGAACGGCUGCUGUCAAGCCUUGUCCCUGCUGCCCCUCGGGGCAGCCUCACCAGCCAGAGCAGUGGGCGGGGUAGUGCCUCUUUCUUUCGGCCCCCCUCCACUGCUCCCUCAGCAGGAGGCAGCUACCUCAGCCCCACUCCAGGAGACACCAGCAGCUGGGCCAGUGGCCCUGAGAGAUGGCCCCGAAGGGAGCAUGUUGUGACAGUCAGCAAGAGGAGGAACACAUCUGUGGAUGAGAACUAUGAAUGGGAUUCAGAACUCCCUGGGGACAUGGAAUUGCUGGAGACUCUAUACUUGGGCUUGGCUGGCCCUCGACCCCGAGCUGAAGCUGAGUCAGAGCUAGGUACGAAGACUCCAGAGGUGGGCUGCCUCCUGAACACGGCCCAUGCUCCUGGCCCUGAGGCCCGCUGUGCUGCACUUCGGGAGGAAUUCCUGGCCUUCCGCCGCCGCCGAGAUGCUGCUAGGGCCCGGCUACCAGCCUAUCGGCAGCCAGUCCCUCAUUCUGAACAGGCCACUCUGCUGUGA